AAAUUUGUACUUCUACAACAUGCGAAAUUAUACGUAGCUGUUCAGACAGCAAUAGCAGUUAUAUUUGCACUAAUUGGCGACAUUUGGGUACUAGCUACUCCAUAUCGAAAAGAGAGCAUCUUGUGUGUCAUAACUGAACCUCUUCAAGGCGGUGUUUAUAAGUUUUUUAUGCAGUCGAUUAUGGUAAUCAAUAUCUCAAUCGUUAUAUGUUAUGCCAUAUUUUUGUGCUUCAUUAGGAGAGUUCAAAUGAGUGAAGACAGCAUGAAACACAUCUAUAGAUCCUUAAUCGUGAUAAGUCUGACGGUUGUCUUUGGCUGGUUCAGCACGAUGGUUAUAGUCUGCAUUAGCGACCUCCUACACAUGAAGAUAGAACGAUUUCAUAUCAAUCUAUUGGCUGGACUUUUCGUGAAUUUUGCGUGUGCAACUAAUUUCUUCGUGUAUUAUGCUGUGAGCAAUGAAUACCGUCGCAUAUUCGACCACUAUCUUUACAUAGGACGUUGCAAGAAGUUGAUUACCAAUAACGAAGUUUCGGACACUCAUCAAACAAGAGUUGCC